UCGAAGGAACAAUCAGGAUAUAUCGGAUUGGGUAAACAAACACCGUGCGUGGAUAGAAAUUUGGAAUCAAAGAGACACGUUAGUGCAAUCAGAGAAUAGACCUCACAAUCAGUCAGCAUAUCAGAACUACCAAGUGUGGUAUGCGGAUCGUUACCGGUUAAAGCUGAAGCCUGGUUGGACUCAUGAGGAGUGGUCGGAGUUGGUGUCUGAAGAGCCGGAGACUGCACAAGAUUAUCAAACCUUCAACAUGGCUGUGAGAGACACCAGAGGGGCUCACGUUGACUAUGCACCGAUGCAUGAUGAAAUGGGCAGAGAGUUGCUUCUGUGCGUCAACGAUGCCAAUGUUGCACUGAGUCAUCCACCUGGUGGUGCAUUAUCUGAGAGGACUCUUAGGAGCACGAUGGAGAAGUUCAAGAAGCGGUUUCAUAAGAUGGCAUCAAUGCUUUCUUGCCAUGGUGCUCAGUCCAGUGACGUGUAUGCACCUGGUAGCCGCGCCGCCACAGCUAAUAGACGGCGUUAUCUACAGAACAAUGAGGACAUGGAGGAGGAGUUCCAUGAAGAGGAGCCAUCACAUCAAGAGGAGCCAACACAUCAUGAGGAGCAUGAGUAUGAUGCAACACAUGAAGAGGAUCAUGAGUAUGAUGUUGAUGCUCCACAACCAUCACAGGCUACACAACCAACACAAGGCAAUGCUUCACAACCAUCUAGGAAAGGCAAAGCCAUAGCUAAGAGACCAGGCAAGAAAGGUAGAAAGAAGACAUAAAACACACAAUUCCAUAGUCCGGAGUAUCCUCAUAAGCUUAUCCCAAUAGGAAUGCAAAGAUAUAAGGCCAACACUGAGGCGGAGGAGGAGGCAUACAACGAAGAGGAGGAGGACGAGACUAGCGAAGAGGAGGAGCCUGCACUUGCAACCAUGGUGAAGAGAGGAAGGAGGAAGUGAGCUUCUUGUUCCGGUUUGGCCCACUCCAGCGUGGGAGAGGCGAUGACGGUGGCGCACAUUUGGUGUCUUAUGUGCUAUCUUCUAUGUUCUAUGAACCUGUCAUACUAUUAUGAAUUCUGUGAACCUGUGUAUGCAAGAAGUGAGCUUGUUGUAGUUUGUUUCAAUGAGCUUGUUCUAGUUUGUUUCGA